AUGGUCCGCACCAAGAACACUGCCAAAAAAUCCACUGGUGGCUCAGCCCCACGUGUCCUCCUCAACAUCUCAAGCACCCAGAUUUCUGGAGUGGAUAGCCAGAGAAGGAAGGCUUUGACUGCCUCCAAGGUCACACCUGUGGGAGGUGAGGACAUUGAGAAGAGAGAUGCUCAUAAUAAGGCUUUGACCACUGCCAAGGCUACCUUGCCUAUGGGAGGUGGGGACAUGGCAAAUACAAGUGUUCACAAUGAGUAUUGCAUACUCUGCAGGGAUGGUGCAGAGCACUAUGAAGACAAUACUCUCUUCAUGCUCUGCCUGCAGCUGUCGCCUGACUUAGAGACCAAAGUCUUGCAAGACAACAUCUCUUUCUGGUGCAUUUGUUGCCACAUCAAGAUGGAACAAGGCAGCACCUACUUUGGUUUCUAUAAUGCCAACUGCCUUCCGGUCUUGGACAGGUUCUUACCCAUCAAUGGCGCGCUUGAGGUGUCUAAGCAAGCCAAAAUUUCGGCAGCCCCAUAUCUCAACAUCUACUAUGACAUUGUCACUGAUGCCAAGCUUCCCGCCUACUGCAGCAACAUCCAGAAGAUAAUGAAAGGUUUGAAGAAGUCCUUUGUCUGGGAGUGUGUUGUGAUUGGCAUCUCUACUCACACUGAUGAGGAUUUUGGAGACCCUUUUACUGGGUAUGAGGAUGAUGGCUCAGAGGGCUAUGUCAGCACUCCGGCCAAUGAUUUCUUGGAAAUAAUUCUCCAACCCUGGCAAAGUCUCAUUGACACCGCCCAGGAAUCCUACCUCUGGAUGUUAUGUUGUGGCCACCUUGUCACCAACUUGGACUCAUUCCAUGGCUUUCAAGAGGCUGUUGUCCGACACAAAUUAACCGGUACCAUCGCAUUCAAUGCUCCUCGGUUUCAACCCUCUUUCACCUCGCACUUGCUCAUUGCGUUCACAGAGAGGGUUCUCAUUGGACAUUGCCCACUUCAUUUAGCAUUCAAGGAUAUGCUCGCACAAGCCUGUGACCUUGGUUGCCACUCUGACAUUUAUCUGCUGACACCUGUCAAGGAGGGUGCCCUCACUUGCUCUAGGUUUGCAUGGGCUAAUGUGGAGUUCCGUCCUUGGGGCCACUGCCUGCCUAUCCAAUGCACUAAUGUCAUUGAAUUUGCUGUCUUGGAUGAGCACAAGAUUUCCUAUGUUUCAGCUAAAGAAAACCCUGCUGAGAGGGCAAAAAUCCUCAAAAGCAUCAAAGAUGCUAUACUUGAAAGUGACCAGGCUAUCCAUACAUAUUACUUGUGUUUUCUGGAAAAUGAUGAGGACCACGAUCUUGAGCAAAAAAUCAUUGAGGGAGCUCAUAAACUCACAUCUGGUGCAGGCAUCAUCACUGUAGAUAUGGUCAAAGGCCAUCAGGAUGACAAGCCUCUGGAUGCUGCAGCAUUCAAGACUGAAUUCUCUCCUUUUGAUGUCGCUCAGAAGUUGUUCAAAGAAGAAAUUGGGGAGUAUGACAAGAAGCACCAUGACACCUCUGACCUAAGGUCCAUGGGGACAAGGACAAAGCUGGUCUGGUCCUGGUACAAUGCCCUGUCACCAGAUGUACAUGAGGAGCUCAGACUUGUGGCAGAAAAAUACCGCAGCCGACACCAGAAGAAAAUCAUGGAGGACUUCAUAAAGAUGGCAGGAAGAACCAUGGGUUUACAUGUUGUGAUGCUUGUAACUCAUGAUCAAGGGGAGGGGAAAAUGCCUGGAACAACCAUCUGGGAAUCCUGUCCCAGGAAGACGAAGAAAACUUUUACUCUGGCUACCAAAGACAACAAGAAAUGGGCUGGAGAGUUGCAAGACCAACUUGCUGACUGGCUGAAUGAAGCCGAGUAUACAACAGGCUUAGACCCUGAGGACCAAUCUGACGAGGAAGAUGAGAAGUUGCCCGAUUUAACAGUGGAGGCUUUGAAUCUCUCAUGCUCAAGAACCAGCAGAAGGUCGUAUGAAAGCUUACAUUCAACAGCAGUCAUCUCAAACAACCCUAGGGCUGCAGUCCCCUGGGGUCAUAUUACCCAAGAUCCAGACCAUUACCUUGACAUGGACUGUGUCCCUCAGAAUGUUGUCAUCAAGGAUCCUUCUCACCUGCAGAAGGAAGCCAUCAGUAUGAUUUUUUCACUUUGGAAAUAUCGUGCUAACCAUAAUGAACCAAUUGUCUGGUUUGUUGGGUAUAAGGAAGGUGACUUCUAUGAUUCACUGGCUAAGAAGGGGGAUGUAAGUAAAAAAUCAAGGAAGAACCAAAAAUAUGUCGAAGUAUCAUCAGAUGAGGACGAGGUACUGAAGAAGGCCCCCCAAGCCAAUGGUUCUUCUGACGAAGAGGAAGACUUGGAAAGCCACACCCUAUCUCUUUCCAAUUCCUGCCCGAAAUUCCAUAUGGGUGGUGACACAGUCAGUUAUCUUCAAUCCCUCUCUAUCCUCCCAACAUACCUUCGUCUGUUGGCCACAGUUCAAAAACUCUCCAAGACACAAACACCUGAUCCUAAGGGCAAGGCUAGGAAGCAACAUCUGCCUGUCUGGGCAUCUUGGACGUGGUCUGAGGCAUAUCUACCUCAAAAUAUGCACAGUGAUAUUCAGGCUUCCUUUGUGGCUUUGAAGGAACUAGGCAACUAUGUCAUCAAAUCUCGUGGUUUGGGUAUGAUUGUUGUCCUGGGCCUUGGACUCCUCCUUCGUGAGUGUUGCCGCACUCAGGAGUAUGAAGCAGAUGAGGCUGGAGAUGAUGUACCUCAAUAUUUGGGCGACUCCAUCCUUGGCAUUGAGGUGGGGGACAAGGUUGAAGAGGCCAUUACCAGAAUCCAGGUGAAGGUGGACGCAAUGCUGCCAGAUGGUAAUGAGAAGCAGAUGACAGUGGGGGAAGAAGUUCACAUGAGGCAUCUGGAGAACAAAAGGCAGGUGAAAGAGAGGAUGGAGGCAGAGCAGGCAAAGGUGGCUGAGGAUAAGAGGGUGGCUGAGGAGAAGAGGGUGGCUGAGGAGAAGAGGGUUGCUAAGGAGAAGAGGGUUGCUGAGGCAUCUCAGAUGACUGAUCAGAGGGCUGCCACAUCAAAGAAGGCAAGCAGUACUAACACUGGAGGAAAAGGGAAGGGUAAAUGCCCAGCAACAGAUGUGGAUGAUUCAGUCAUGAAAAAGGUGAAGACAUCUGCUCCUCCUGAUCCUCCUCAUCGCUCUACCUGA